AUGCAAUCAGAGCCUAUCGAAAUCUCCCCCAUUUCCACCAACGUCAACACCUCAGCGACCUCCAACACCUCCCAAUAUGGCAUCCUUCCUCAAGACCUGCACCUUGCAGACCAGCCCGUCCCUCGCGAUGAGGAACGUUCUGGCUCUUCAACUUCGCGAUCCCCAAGCCAAGGUGGCGCGUCCAGCACCGCUGACGCGAUUGUGCAAGCUGAAUUCAGGCGAUUGAACUUGAGCGAUAAGAGUACCGACAGGCCCAAGCCUUCAUAUGAACAAAUCUCUGAGUACGAAAAUGCAUUGUCGCAUUCUCCAGCCAGAAAAGACAGCGACGGGCCUGCUUUCAAGGUUGUUGUGAAGAAGGGCAACUCCAUUGAUGGACCACAACUAAAUGAGUUUCCAAAUGGUUCGUACUGUCUCUUUCCGGCAGGCAAAAACUGGAACUUGUAUGCUAACAACACGCAGAGGUUCUGACCCACAUUCUGUCACAUCUGCCAGCAGCUUCUCUUUCUGCCGUUUCCCUCGUCUCCCAGAGAUUCUACAGCCUCGUUACCACCCCCCAUGCCUGGCGCAUCGCGUUUUCUCGAUUCUUUCCUGGCCAGGAUGCGUUGGAAGGACAGAUCAAGAUCACUCGUAGCGGUAUUGACUUGGAGCCUCGAGAGCAGAUUCGCUCCGAACAACGAGUCUUCACUCGACUAACAGGUCUUGCGUCCUGGAGAAGCGAAUAUAUUCUGCGCACACGGCUUCUCCGAAGUCUGGCACGAGGAAAACCUACUCAAAUUGCCCCUGGCCAUGGUGCUUCUUCGCGCUCCAAUAGCGCUGCCAAUAAUGCCAAUGCGGUAGUCACCUACAGUUCCCAGCUUUUUGCGACUGUGAACCAUAUCCAUGCAACUUGGAACAAGGGCAAGAAGUCACCACGUUUUAUUCAUGGCACUGAUGAGACGGGCAGUGCAUGUACUAGUGAUCCGAAUAUUGGCAAAAUCGAUAAUUGGGGACUCUCCGAUCCUCAAGCACUACCUCAAUUCGCCGAUUUGUUUGUUGGGGACGGACAAUACGGACUCGGUGAUGGCCCUGCAGGCGUUCCCAACUCGAUGAAUGUCAGCCAACCUUUUGGCAUGAUUUACGGAGAAGGGUUUCCUGGAGGGCAAACAUAUUUCAGAUCUUCUGAGGAAAUGCGUGGGCGCUUCAUCAGUCAGCCAAAUGAUAUCAUCGAUCAUAAACAUGGGAUUCCCACAAUUCCUUCUAUGAGUGAGGCUAUCUCUGCUGUGUGGAUUGCCAAAUCAAGUGAUGUCCCUACAUGCACCGAUGGUCUCGUUGGUAUCCUGACCGGUUCCACUUUGGGGGUUGUUACUGCUUACUCUCUUGGUGCUGACACUCCUCAUGGACGACGAAUUGCAAAGGGCCAUAUGACAGCAAAAUGGGUUCUGAGUCCUGGCGUACCCAUCAUCUCUAUCAAAGUAGAUGAUUCGUACAAUCCAAAUCGUAAGCUAUCUGAGCGCAUCUGGGUGGUCGCCCUGAAUGCUUUGGGCGAAGUUUUCUACCUCACCAAGUCAUUGAAAUCACAUCUUCUAGAUCCUAAGGCCGAGGAGGCUAGUGGUGGUAAAAAUGCAUGGGCUGCCGGACGUUCUGCCUAUUGGAAACUCGUCGAGCCUUCUCGCCGUGUGGCAAGAGAAGACCCAUAUGAUGUCUCUGAGAUACCUGGCAGCUACUCGCCGAGAUCAUCAUCAAAGUCCAUGCAUCUAUCCAAAGCACAGAUUAUUGCAGAGACCUUGGAGAUUGAGAGAUAUCUGGCUUAUUCGCCAUCUCAUUAUCGAAAGAUCUGCCAUGGCUGGGAUAUGCGUAGAAGACUAGAAGUCGACUUCGCUGGUGAUGAUAGCAAAGGAGCUGGAGAGGCAAUUGUGGUUAUCAACUGCGGAAUCGAGGAAGGUCAAACUCCCGAGAUCAAGAGAUUCACAAGAUGGACAAUAGAGCAGGCUUCCCUUGCAGAAUAUCCUGAGCCCAAGACUCCUCCAAAUCCUGGCAGGAAAUUUAGCAUGGCCUCCCUUUUUGGGGGUGGCAAUAUGACCACUCCUCCACGAAUCUCAUCCCCGGACAUAUCCCAAGAGAACUCUGCAAUAGCAAGCUCCAUGGAGAGCCCAUCCAGCACGCCUUCGAUUCCUAGCACCCCUUCCUCACGCAUGGCUUCAACUGACCUCGUUGAGGAAUGGCGAACUACUGUUUUGUCACUGAGGAACCAUCCUAGCGAGGAAAUCACAACAAGCGCCAUCGAUAUGUCUAUAUAUGCUGUGGUGACUGUCAACGAAGAUCCACUUCGGACUGUCAAUGGAAACUCGGAGUUUUCUUCUCCGUUUGGUACACCAAGGUAUUCCGAGUCUGGCGGAGCUCAAAUACCAGGUCACAGAGCACGCUUCUUAGCUGUCGGGACAAAGACGGGAGUUAUCCAGCUGUGGAAUAUGAGAGGUUCUCAAUCAUCAAAAUCAGCUCUGGUCAAUGAGUUGCAGCCUCUUCGAACCAUAUAUACAGACUCGCCACAAAUAUCUUGCCUUGCUGUUUCUGCGCUUUACCUUGUCCACGGUGGUAAUGAUGGUCUUGUUCAAGCAUGGGAUCCUUUGGCCUCAAAUAUGCAGCCUGUCAGAACCCUCAAUUCGAGAUUUUCCUCUCGAGCCCGGCGUCGCUUGGUCCAGGCUGAAGCAUCAACUCUUGGUGUCGGCAUCAAUUUGUAUGCCGCUGGAGCAAUAGCUUUAGAUCCGGAUCCAACGGUUUUACGCGGAAUGGUUUCUCUGGGAACACAUCUUCGUUACUGGUCUUACAGCUCGUCUGCGGCGGAUCAAUACCAGAGCAAGAAGCGUCGUCUCCGUCGCUCAAAUGAGCGUGGUAGCAACUCCGGGCCCGAUCGCUUCACUAAUACUGGUAGAGGUGCUUUGAUGGACUACAUUGCUACGGAACAGGAAGAACUCAAGAAGGAGAAGCUCAGACGUGCCAGAGAAGAAGCUAGACUUGCUGGCAGAUUCGGAGUGGGAUUGGGCGGACUUAGCGAGGAAGAAGCCAUCAGAUAUGCAGAAAUGGUCUCUGCAGAGGCAUUUCAAAAAGAACAAGAACAACGUAUCAGCACAAAUGAUAAUGGCUACAUAUCUAAUAACGAUACCCACCACAAGUCUGUCUGGAGCAGCAGUGAGACUGCCACUCCCGAAGGAAGUGUCGUUGAACGAUCAACGGUCUCCCCGAAAUUGAAAAAUGACGACGAGCUUGAACAAGACAUUGAAGAAGCAAUUCGUCUUUCGCUCCUAGAUGGCGUUGAUGAAGGUGGUAGUCCGCCUCGAGCCUCCGGUUCCAGCGGUUACGAGAUUCCUAUUACCUACAAAGCGAAGAAGACUCGUCGUUCUCCUUCCACUUCGCCUUCCGCUAGCAAAACUCGCGGUAAGGCGAGAUCCUCUCGGAGUCAAGCCGAUACACUCGUUGCAGCUGAUGAUCUGGAUUAUGCUCUUCAGUUGAGCUUGGCCGAGGCUAGAAGCCAGGGAUUGGAGAGUGAGGGAAGAGAUGAGGGUGGUGAUGAGUAUCCUACUCUUUCCAGCCCAGCUGCGAAGGGAAAGGGAAAGGGGAGAGCUUGGCAGUGA